AAUGAUUGCAGAAAUAGGAUCCGGUAAUGCAAGAACAUGUUCGACGUAUUGACCAUGGUGAAAUUCAUUAUCAUUAUCUUGGUCAUAGCAUUCAAAAUGAAUUGAUAAGUAUGUUAGCUUCUAAAAUCAAAUGUGCAAUAGUUCAAAAAAUUAAAGAAGCUAAAUAUUUUUCAGUAAUACUUGAUUGUACUCCGGAUGUAAGUCACCAAGAACAAAUGACUUUAAUAUUACGAUGUGUCGAUAUUUCUACAAGCCCGAUAAAAAUAGAAGAAUUUUUUAUAGAAUUUUUAAAAGUAAAUGAUACAUCUGGACAAGGGCUUUUUGAAGAAUUACAAAAUGUGCUAAAAACUCUUAAUCUUGAUAUUGAUAAUGUACGAGGUCAAGGGUAUGAUAAUGGGUCUAAUAUGAAAGGGAGACACCAAGGUGUACAAAAAAAAGUACUUGAAAUAAAUCCUAGAGCAUUAUACACGCCUUGUGGUUGUCAUAGUCUUAAUUUAACACUUUGUGACAUGGCAAAUUGUUGUGGUAAAGCAAAAGACUUUUUUGGAGUGAUACAACGCAUUUAUACAUUAUUUUCUCACUCAACAAAGCGAUGGCAAAUUUUGAUAAAUAAUGUAAAAGGUUUAACUGUGAAACCAUUGUCGACUACACGUUGGGAAAGCCAUAUUGAAAGCGUUAAAGCAAUUAGAUUCCAAACGCUUGAAAUAAGAGAAGCACUACUUCAGUUAGCAGAAACUGAUAAUGACUCCAAAAUAAAGAGUGAAGCUGAUUCUUUAGCAACACAUGGAAUUGGAAAUUUUGAAUUUUUAUUAAGUAUGAUUAUUUGGUAUGAUAUAUUGUUUGCUGUUAACUUAAUUAGCAAAUAUUUACAAUCUAAAGACAUGCUUAUUGAUAUUGCUAUAGAUCAAGUAAAAUGAUUGAUUAGGUUUUUUGAGGAGUAUAGAGAAGUUGGGUUCACACAAGCUAUGACAAUUGCUAAAGAAAUUGCUAUUGAAAUGGAAAUUGAUUCUGUAUUUUAAGUAAAACGUCAAAUCCGUAGAAAAAGACAAUUUGAUGAGAAUGUUAAUGAGGAGACAACACAAUCAGCUGAAGAAUCUUUUAGAAUCAAUUAUUUUUUGUGUAUUGUAGAUCAAGCUAUUGGUUCACUAAAGAAAAGGUUUGAGCAAUAUAAAGCAUAUGAAGAUAUUUUUGGAUUUUUGUUUGGUUCAGAAAAGUUAAACUCAUUAGAUGAUAAUAAUUUGAAAGCAUGUUGUGAUAAUCUUGAAAUUGUUCUAAAAUAUAAAACAUUUUCUGAUCUUGAUGGGAAAGAUUUAUAUGGAGAACUAAAAAUCUUACGAUAUAUUUUACCAAAAGAAACAAAGAUGGC